UGUAAACAUGUGAAAAUUAUACUGAGACAUCACUUUUUAAUCUCUUUCACGUUCUUCACAACAGAGAAAACAACUUCCAAGUUCCAUGGCAUCUCCUUCAUCUGCACUUCACCUUCUUCCUCGAUCUCAAUCGCAAUCUGAAUCAUUCUCCAGAUUCGGAUUCUCCUCUCAAUUUUGAUCUGAAUUAUGCAUAUGUAAUUUCUCGCCUCUGGUUCAUCCUCUCGUCGCCUACACUGACGUUGUGCCGUCCUCUUCUCGCCUGCGCCAUCUUGUCCGAUGCCAACCGACCAGAAGCAACUAUUUCUUGCAAGUGUAGCAUAAUAAAGGAGCAGAACAAGCUUAAGCUCUACAAGUAACUCCACGUGUGGGGAUCAUCAUGGGUUCUGAUUCAAAUCUUCCUGUUAUGAAGAGUGCUGCUGAGUUCUUGGAGAUGUUUGAUGUUCCUCAUGAGGUAAGAAUAGUGUCAGCUCGUCGAACUCCGGAACUGAUGUUUUCUUAUGCCUCCUCUGCUCAUAACGAGGCAUACAAGUUAUUAUUGCUGGCGCUGGUGGCGUAUGGUUGCUGCUCUUACUCCCCUGCCUGUCGUAGGUGUUCCUGUGCGUGCUUCAACCCUAGAUGGAAUAGAUUCACUCUUGUCAAUUGUCCAGAUGCCGAGAGGUGUCCCUGUCGCCAAGAUCAUAUGGUUAAAUUGGGUCACAAUUAUAUUGGAUCUGAACACUUGCUUCUUGGUCUCCUUCGUGAGGGUGAAGGUGUAGCAGCACGUGUUCUUGAAAACCUGGGUGCUGAUCCAGCUAAUAUUCUUACUCAGGUUAUCCGCAUGGUUGGUGAGAGUGCUGACAGUGUUGGUGCUACUGGAGGCUCAGGUAGUAGCAGCAAUAAGAUGCCGACUUUGGAGGAGUAUGGCACAAAUUUGACCAAGUUAGCAGAGGAAGGAAAAUUGGAUCCUGUUGUCGGAAGGCAGCAACAAAUUGAACGUGUCACUCAAAUUUUAGGUCGUCGUACCAAAAACAACCCUUGCCUUAUUGGAGAACCUGGUGUUGGGAAGACAGCUAUUGCUGAAGGUCUUGCCCAACGUAUUGCAAAUGGGGAUGUUCCUGAAACCAUAGAGGGAAAGAAGCCCUCUGUUCUGCAUGAUUUUGAAGCUGAAAAUGGUGCUGGGGCAUGCAGGUUAAAAUCUGCAAUGGGAAGGUAAUAGAAGUGGCGGCUUCAGAGAAAGGGUUUUAUACUGUUGGAAAACAAUCUCUGCAAAGUCACACUUUGGUUGAUCUUCUGCAACAGUUAAGUCGAGGUUUCGCUAAUGUAUGUAAUUUUUUGGUUACUAAUCAUGAACUUUUUGCUGUAAUGGAACAUAUUCCACGUUUUAAGUUUUAACAUUUUCUA